UGAAGACAGCACAAGAAUUUAAGUCAACCUGCCUAAAUACCGAUAACACAAGUCAUAUGUAGAUUGCGGAAAAAUGUUACAAGUGAACUUAACAGAAGCUUAUAUGAAGGAAGAAAAAAGUGAACAGACAAUUGGUAUUUCAUACGAUCAAAAAGUAUGUAGAUUGUGUAUGCAGCUAGUGCAAAGCGAAUUGAAGUAUAUAUGUAAAGAAGAAUUUGAUGUUAAUCAGAAAAUGAAUAUCGCCGUCGUCAAAGAUCCCGUUGUGUGUAAACCAUGCUUUGACUCUCUGGGCACCCACAAAAUUUUCUUGAAAAAUUGUUUAGAAGUAGACGAAAAUAUCAAUGAUGCUUUUGAGAGUUCCGCCACAGAGCGUCAAACAGACAUGUCACCGUCCGAUUUAUUCAUCAAAACUGAAAACUUGACUGAGGAAUCAGAAAAUAACGACAUGAAUAUGCCAAUCAAAGCUGAGUGCGUCGACGUAAAAUCGGAAGAUGAUGAAGGGAGGUUGCUUUGGUGCACGAAUAAUGAAACAUUCGAGGACCUCAACUGUAAACGUGCAGAAGAGGAUGGGUUUGAAGAUUUGUCGGAUCAUAAGAAUAAAUCGAUAUACGAAUGUGGUACGAAGACCAGUCAAAAGGGCGAUGUUAAUUUCCCUCAGUUAACGUUAAGUAAACUAUUAUACACGUGUGACAAAUGCGUUUAUGAAACUAAAAGCGAGCGUCGUUUUGAGGUACAUUGUGCGAGACACGAGAACAAUUCAAAAGUGUUUAAGUGCGAUUCGUGCGGUUACGAAACCGACAACAAGAAAUUACUUCAGAAGCACCGGUCGAGGCAUAAAGAGGCUCCGCUAGUACCCAUAUUAAAGUGCGAUUUGUGUGAUUACGAAACAAAGUCCAAGCACCACCUGAUCAAGCACCAGACGAAACACCAAAGUUCAUCCAAAGCGUUAUUAUACAAGUGCGGGUUUUGCAAUUUGGAAACAAACUACCGCUCCGUCAUUUCCCGUCACCUUUUGAAACACAAAAACCCUUCGGAAGUGAAACUAUACAAGUGCAGCGACUGCGAUUACGAAACGAGGAUCAAAUACAGCCUCACGACGCAUCUGUUGGUACACAGAAGUCCAUCCGCGGCAGAGGCGGGUAAAUACAAGUGCGAUUCGUGCGGUUUCGAAACAAACUAUACGUCGACACUUAAGAGACACCAGUUAACACACAUAAACCCUUCGGAAGUCCAGAUGUACUCGUGCAACGACUGCGAUUACAAAGCUAAACAGAAGCGUUACCUGAUACGCCACUCGUUGAAACAUAAGGACUGGUCUCAGACGGAAACCUUCAGGUGCUACGUCUGCGACUACAGAUCGAAGUAUAAGUCGACUUUGAUCCAUCACCUGUUGAAGCACAAGGACGCCUCGCAGGUACAGACGUACAAGUGCAACGACUGCGACUACGAAACUAAACACAAGCACAUUAUCAAAAACCACGUGUUGAGGCAUAAGGACCUUUCGAGGGUGCCAACGUACCGGUGUAACGACUGCGAGUACGAAACGGCAUACCAGAAGAAUUUCGCCCGCCAUCUGUUGACGCAUAAGGAUAAGUCUCAGGUCCGGAUGCAUCGGUGUGACAAGUGCGAAUUCGAAACGAAGCAUAAAAAUUCUCUGAGGCGGCACCAGUCGAUGCACAAGUGACGUUCCGGGGGUGUGAUUGUUGUAAUGAAAUUUUGAGAAUUAGUACAUUUACUGGAGUGUAAAUAAAAUUCACAAAAUGGUUGAAAUUUUGCUUACCUGCUACUUUCGCAGGUGCUGAAGGAGAAUCUAGUUGUUUCGUGUGGUUAAACUGGGGAAAAAACAUACUCCUCGAGAAACAUAUGUUUUUUCUCAAAUUGUGUCUUGAAAACUGAUUUUUUUUUAACACAAAUAAGUGAAUGUUCUGUUUACCCACCUGAUUUUUACAGCAUAUGACAUACUUGAAAUCUAAUGUAAUCUUUGAGAGAAUUGAUACAAUGGCAUUUAAGAUUUCUGGUUUUAAGCUUAGAGUAUUGACAUUGAAAGCUCCCACAAUCUUUUAAAUGUUGGAAUAACUUUACAAACAUUUUAUUUGGUACUUAUGGGUCAGGAUAGUCGAUCCCAUAUCGUAAUUAAAAUAGAAAUGUGACAGAAUAAAGCGGUGGUGUAUUCGGACAUUCGUGUUUCGACAAAUUAACAUGGCAGUCGUAUCAUACCAGGUGUGAAGUUAACCGGCAGUAGCAGCUUUUCAGUGGCAGUGGGACAGAAUCUUAACAGAACAGCCCCCUUUUUAAGUAUUCAGAACAGGAUCCUAUUCUGCUUAAAUUUAAACUGUUCACAGUUUAAUUUUGUUGCUGUUUUGUUUGCUUUGGAUUAAUUUAAUAUGCAAUAACACUGACAAAUAAGAGUAGAAACGUACCGUAUUUUCUUUAGAAUUUUAUAACUUUUUAGUAUUACCUGUUUUAACUUUAUCUAUUUGUGUCGGUUUAGUAUUUAAUUUUUUAUUUGAUAGUUGAAUAAACAUAAUUCAUAAUUUUAGUUUAAAGUAGUG